AUGACGAGCGGUCGACAUUCACCUCGGUACGACAAGGAAUAUAUACCGGAGGGCUGCGAAACAGUGAUCGAUGUACCUCCACCAAAAAUGGUGCGAAAUGGUGGCGUAAAUGGUAAUUAUAAGGUAAUUCUUUUUUUGCUAUUUUUAUUAGAUUUUGGCAAAUUCACAGGAAUGAGUUAUUCGAUGGCACCAGUGAACAAAUUUUUGAAUUAA